AUGAGCUUGCUUGAAUAUAAAAAGUAUAUAGAAGAAGGCGAUUUGGUAAUUGCUUACUUUUCCCGUGAAAAUAUGAUUCCCAUCGUAGUAAACUCAAAGUCAACGUAUAAUAAUAAAUUUGGAACAUUUAGACACUCAGAUAUGGUUGGAAAAGAAUAUGGUAUUAAGGUUGGUUUUAUGUACCUUUUACAUCCUACACCUGAACUAUGGACACAUGUUGUUCCACAUAGAACACAAAUUUUAUAUCUGGCUGAUAUUUCAUUUAUAACAACGUAUCUUGAUUUAAAACCUGGAUCAAUAGUUGGAUCAUUUUCUCAUUCUUUAGCAAUAACAAUUGCACCUCAUGGACACUUGUAUACUUUUGAGUAUCAUGAAGAACGUGCAAAAGCUGCAAAACAAGAUUUUGAAGAACAUAGUCUUUCUGAUGUAAUUACGAUAGAAUGUAAAGACGUUUGUAAAAAUGGGUUUGGACUUAAAGAUUUGGUGGAUGCUGUUUUUUUAGAUUUGCCUGCACCUUGGAAUGCCAUUUCAUCAGCCAAAGAAGCAUUUAAGCAAAAUCGUAUAGGUAAAAUAUGUUGUUUUAGUCCAUGUGUUGAGCAAGUACAGAAAACAUGUGCAUUUUUAAAUGAGAAUGGAUUUGUUGAGAUAAAAAUGUUCGAAUGUCUUAUUCGUAAUCAUGAAGUAAGAACUAUACCAAUUUAUAAAGUUGAAGAUGCUGUCAACCACAUUAAAGCUCAAAAAGAGAAAAAACGUAAACGAAAACAACAUCAAGAUUGUCCAAAUUUAUAUGUUACCAAAAAUCCAAUAGAAACUAGAGGUCAUACCAAUCCAACUGAUAUUAAUCCAUCACAUAUUUCAAUUAUUUUAUUAUUCAUUUAA